UGAUGAGUCAUGCCAAGAAGUACGGCAGGGGCUGAUGGAGUAUUGUAUGGGUAGCUGAAAUCCUAUAUAUUGAUUACACAAUCUAUCAAUAUUUUUGAUUUAUGUAAAUCCUCUCAUCAUAAUUCAAGUUUGGCUGUUUUUCAGUGUGUCACAUUAUUGUUGCUAUGGAUGUGGAGAUAUCUCACAUGUUGUAUUACAAUAAUAAAUACCAUGAUAUUAGGAGUUUAGGAAUAGGGUUUUAAAUCAAUCUCAACUUUCAGACAAAACACUCUACUUGAUCUGGAGCUUGACCCCUUGUAGGCUGCUACUGUGAAUGCUGUGUUGAGUCAGGUGUAUUUAGAGACGCUACUGUGAAUGCUGUGUUGUUGUCAGGUGUAUUUAGAGACGCUACUGUGAAUGCUGUGUCGAGUCAGGUGUAUUUUGAGGCUCUCUGAUUCUUCCUUGGUCUGUUGGUAAUCUUGCUCAGAGCACGGAAGUCCCUCCCUCCACCUCUCAUCUUUGUGUCUUUCUCUCACUCUCCACUCUUCACUCCUGCACCGUGGAGAGAAACAGAAGGCAUGGAGGUCCAGAAGGACAGUACAGGGGAUAAAGCUGACUUGGAGCCGUCGGGGACUGCUACCGAGACGGAUCGCCACGGAUUCAUAUUGGGGAAAGGAAUCAACUCUGGGGAUGAACCUUCACCUGCUCUGGUGAGACACCGAGAGAUGAAGUGGCUCAGCAUCAUCAGUCAGUGGGAUGACGUCUCUCAGCGAAGGAGCAGCAAGGUCAAGGGUCAGUGUCAGAAAGGUAUCCCAGCAUCCCUCAGGGCAAAGUGUUGGCCACUGCUGUGUGGUGCCAUGGAGCGGAUGCGUCUCAACCAAGCGCUGUAUCAGACUCUGGAUGAGUCUCCUGCUUUGCAGAACUGGGUGGAAGUCAUAGAGAAAGACACAGACAGGCAGUUCCCUUUCCAUGAGAUGUUCCUGUCAAAAGAUGGUCAUGGGCAGCGUGAGCUAUUUGGAGUGCUGAAGGCGUACACUCAAUUCCGUCCUGAUGAGGGAUACUGUCAGGCCCAGGGUCCGGUGGCCGCAGUGCUACUGAUGAACAUGCCCACAGAGGAGGCCUUCUGGUGUCUGGUGCAGAUCAGUGAGCUGUACCUGCCUGGAUACUACAGUCCUCUGCUGGAGGGGGUUCUGUUUGAUGCUGCCAUGCUUCCCUGGGUUCUAAAGAGGGCGUGUCCCGCAGCACACAGGCACCUGCAGCGGCAGGGAGUGGAGCCGCUGAUGUUUGCCACCGAUUGGCUGAUGUGUCUGUACACCAGACACCUGCCUUUCAACACGCUGUUACGUGUCUGGGACUUAUUCUUCUGCUACGGUGUGCGGGUGCUGUUCCAGGUGGCGGUGGUCCUGGUGCGGCGGGCUCUGGGCCGCGGGGACCAGAGGGAGGAGUGUGACGGGCAGAUGGAGACGCUCGAGCGCCUGCGGGGAGUGAAGGAGCACCUGCUGCCUGAGCAUGCGGACGCCUUCAUCCAGGAGGUGUGCUCAGUGUCCAUCUCCGAGAAAGAUUUACAGCGGCGGACCGAGAGAGAGCUGGAGAAUUGGAGGAAGGAGCGGCCGGACUCGACCUUUGACCCCCGUGUGCGCUGCCAUGGAUACCUGAUGGCAUGGGAGCGGGUGAAAGAGACUGAAGAGAAGAAAGAGAGGAGAGCGAAGGAGAAAGGGAACCUGUCCCUGGCACCCCUUCGAUCGCUAUCCUCACUGUCCUCCCUCUCGCCAUCACUCCUGCGGAAGUGGAAGAAGAGAGGAAGCAAGGUGGUGGAGGAGGAUUGUGAGGGAGGUGCAGGGGAGCUGAGAGAGCUGGACCGGACCGAGGCGUGGAGGAAGCCGGCAGAAUUACACCAAAUCCUUCAAAAGAAGGAAGCCGCUUCAGAACACCCUCGGAUGGAAGCAUGCCAGGAGUGGGGUCAGAGCAGGCCCAAACACACACACACAUAG